AUGAGGCCUGUCCUCACCGCUCCGUCUGCAGGAUUCACUGCCAGGCCCCAGGGCCCCUUGGAGGGGUCCACUGGGGCUUCAGGGGACGGAGCCACACCCAAACCUCAGGAGGCUUUCUUCUUCGGCCGGGACCUUCUUGACCGCGGUCGACAGAUGGACAGGAGGGCACAGACGAUGACUCUGGCAGCAGCCAAUCAGAAUCAGCAACAUUUAAACAAACCUGAGCCUGGCGAGGCGAGGCCGGCCACCCGCCAGGCUCAGAACACGGUGGGGGACCUGAGGGGCCCCCACCGUGUUCUGAGCCCGGCCACCCGCCAGGCUCAGAACACGGUGGGGGAACCUGAGGGGCCCCCACCGUGUUCUGAGCCCGGCCACCCGCCAGGCUCAGAACACGCCUCACAUUCUGGAGACGGGAACCCCCAGGUACACACCACCACCACCACCACCACCACCACCAUCAUCACUGGGGGGGGUUCCCAUGAUAACGGUCUGUUUUUACAUCCAGGUCAGUUCCAGGUGGAGCGCUCUCCGUCUCCCUUCGCCGGCCUGGACAUCAUGGGCUCGGUGGCCGGCGACCCCCCUGAGGGCUGUGGGCGUGGUCAGCGGCUGGUGCAGGAGGAGCCUCUGGACGCCAUCCUGAGUCCUGAGCUGGACAAGAUGGUCACAGACGGAGGCAUUCUCAGCAGACUCUACAAGAUCCCAGAACUGGAGGGCAAGGAUGUGGAGGAGCUCUUCACUGCCGUUCUGAGUCCAGGCAGCAGCAAACAGCUGGAGCCCAGGAGGGCCAGCGGUUCAGCUGCAGGGGGCCCUCGGCUGCCCGUGAUGAACGGCCUGAUGCCUGCCGCGCCUCCCCUCCCACCCGGCCUGCUCGGCUUCAGACCGCCUCCUUCAGAAGGCCCCGCCCCGCCGCCGGCCUCGGCCAAUCGGCCGACGGCGGGGGAGGGCGAGCAGGAGGUGCCGUCGGCGGCUCAGAGGGGCACGCUGAAGUGGGAGAAGGAGGAGAGCCUGGGAGAGCAGGCGACCGUUGCUCCGGUUCUGUACUGCAACACCAACUUCCCCCAGCUGAAGCAGCAGUACCCCGACUGGACCAGCAGAGUGAAGCAGAUCACCAAGCUGUGGAGGAAGGCCAGCUCUCAGGACAGAGCGCCCUUCGUGCAAAAAGCUCGAGACAACCGGGCGGCUCAGCGAAUAAACAAGGUGCAGCUGUCCAACGACGCACUAAAGCGCCUGCAGCCGUCACAGCCGGCGCCGCAGCCGCUGGGGGUCUACGACCACGUGUCCCCAGAGGCCGAGGCGGGCUUCAAAGACCCGCUGAGGCCCAGGGAGUCUGAACAGGAGCAGGAGUGGAAGCUGAGACAGAUCAUGCGUCAGAAGAGCAAGCAGCUGGCCAAGAUGGAGGCCACCCAGAAGCUGGAGCAGGUGAAGAACGAGCAGCGCCAGCAGCAGCUCCGCCAGUCUGGACGCCUCUCCCCCGAAGGCCCCGCCCAUCUGCCGGUGGCCGGGGGCAACGCCUCGCCCCUGCAGCCUGGGGGGGGCCUGCACCUCGUGCAGGAGGGAAGCUCGGCGAUGGCCGAUGACAUCUUCCUCAAGCCUCAAGUCCCUCCUCCCUCUGGUUUCUCAUCCCUCCCUCACUCCCCCCUGGCCUCCUCCCCCCUGCACCAGCCUCCCUGCUCCCCCCAGAUGUUUACCCCUCCCUCCUCCCGCCCCUCCUCGCCAUGGGACCCCUACGGUAAAGCAGCAGGGACUCCUCGUCCCUCCGGCGCCCCCACACCUCAGCAUCAGCCGCGUCUGGGCUUCCCCGGCGUCUCCCCUGCACACGAUACCUCUGGCUCCCCUGCACUGUCCCCUGAAUCCUCAAACCCAGGUCUGCAGCAGGCCCGGGCAGCCAUGAUGAGCCCAGCCUCUGGCUCCCCUCCUGACCCGUCUGUCAGACAAAUGCGAGCAGCCGAGUCCUUACAGAGGAUAAACCUGACAGUGCAGGGGGGGCUGUUCAAAGCCCCCAUGCCCCCCAGCAGGAGCUGGCAGGAGGAGCAAGGAGAGACUUGAGCUUCCUGCCGACCCUGG